UGGGGAAGGGGAGGAUGGGGAGCAGGAGGAGGAGGUGAGGGAUCUGGAUGAUGAGAUUCCGGAUGCUGCGGAGGAUAGUUUUGGGUUUGAUGGUGGGGAGGAUAGUAUGGCGGAUGAUUUGUCGUCGAGUGAGGGGCGGCCUCUUUCUCUUGAUGAUAAUGAUGAUGAGGAGACUGAGGAGGAGGAUGACGACGAGGACGAGGACGAUGAAGAUGAUGACGCUACGGCUGUGGAUGAGGACGAGUACGAGAGGCGUGACGGCCUCGUCGCGGCGAGGAUGCGGAUGGCGGACGAUGCCUUCAGACAGGCCAUGGCGCGGGGUGACGUCGACGGCGAAGAUAUGUACGGCGCCGAGGAGGAGCUCGAGGCCUCGGGCCAGGGCCAGAUGCUCGACGAGGAGGACCUGCUCGAGGACGGUUUUGCCGCUGAGGGCCUUGUCGAUGACGACGACUUGGGUAUGGGCGUCGACAUGGACGCCGACCUCGACGAUGAGAUACCCGAGGCCGAGGGGCUGAGCGGGGUGUAUGAGCAUACGGAUUCCGAGGCCGAGGUGAGCGGGUUGACGAGUAGUGUUAUCAGUAGUGGUGGGGAAGAGGAAGAAGACGACGACGAUGAGGAAGGUGACAUCAGUUUUGCACCAAGGGCUGCGCCUUUGAGGGCUCCGUUGAGUCCUACUGGUGAUCGAGGGAGGGGCAGCGCUGCUGGUGCUGCAAGGCAUCAUCAUCAUAUGCCGAGGAGUAGUUUGGAUCUCAGCGGGUUGCUCUCUGCGGAUGGGAGUAGUAUGAUGGAUAGUAGUCCCAACAUGAGGGCUCAUAGGCGUUAAGGGGGGUGUGAAAAAUGGGGAGGGAAGGACAGAGGAAGAUGGAAUUAUGAUACCCCCCACCCGUUCCCAUACAUUGUUUUGAGAGGCAUGCAGUGGUAGACGUGGACAUGUUCUCGCGUUCACGAGUCUUCUUAGAAGCAUAACAUGCAUACACCACUCCGAGGCGUUAGGGCAAUAAUAAAGGUUCAAUUAGAAAUCUUGACAGAAAUGCAAAAAGGCAAAAAAUAACAGGAGUCGGCCAAAGUUCGAACGACGGAGCCCAGAAAUAGCAACGGAGCAUCACGGACUACUCAAGACUUCACGACGCUCACCCCCUCGGUCAUCAAGCCCUAUACUUGUUGUUAGAAUUGGGAUGGCAGUUAGACUCCUUAUGAGGUCUUGCAGCGGGUCAGCCGUCACAUACCACGAAGUUACGAAGCGUAGAAGGUCACCAGCACUAGA